CCAUUAAACCCACAAAUGUAAUUUAAACUUAAUGUCAAACAGAUAUGUAUGUCAUUACUAUAUUCAUAAAUAAAAAAAAUGAACACAACAACGAAACAAUAAAAAUUUAACAGGCGAUUAUUCCGUGCUCUUAUUUGAAAAUGUCACUCAAACCUGACAGGCCACCGUAGGCCACGCCCUCCCGUCCUGAGGUAAACGCUUGAAUGAAAGUGAAACUUUCAGCUUGUGUUACUGUCACAAACAACCCGAUACUUUACUAUUUAAAUAAACGUUAUGUACUGCUGCCGGUCGCUACUGCUUAUUCUCCUCGUGAAUGUAUGUGCAUUUAGUGUGGAUGCAGCGAGAAAUGGGAAAUCAUCCGUGAAUCUGAAUCAUUUAGAGCACAUAGAUGCAGAUGCGGUGGAUCAGAUAAGAUCCAAACCGAAGACGCACGAGGGUCUGGGUGGGUUUGAACCCGGCGAUGUUGCCCCCGCGUUUAAAGUUCAGACUCUUGAUGGGGUGUUUGUGUAUCCUCCUCAGAAAGAGUCGAGGUCUGCUCUCAUCGUGCACGCCUUCACUAAUAAAUCCGCUUUUCUCGAGUGUUUGUGGACGUGGAACGAGUCUCUUACAGAUCUGCUGGAUCAUCUACCGUCCAGUGUUCAAGUCCUGUUCCUGUCUCUGGAUGAGACCGCUGCGCGUGAUGCUGUCUGGAUGAGAGAGCAGCUGUACAGCGCCACAGCACACAGGAGUAAAGAGAUCAUGUCCAGAUUGCAUUUCUCCCCUGUACCCGUGUAUGCAUUGGGUAACUGGAUACCUAGAGUCUUGUACUCAUGGGGAUGUGGUGGACACAACUGUGGCCUUGCCCAGGUGGUUUUUACCUCUCCAGACUGGAGCAUACCUGUGAUUUCCAAGCGUCUGAAUGCCAGAUACGACUGGCUCAAUAGCCGCUGGGGUGCAGAUCCAUACCGAUUGUUGGAUGCAGGUGAUGGCUGUAAACCUGACGCCUCCAUCAAAGGUGCAGUGGCUUGGAUAUCUGAGGGUGGCUGCUCUGUCUUCACAAAGAUAAAAAACAUGGCAGAAUCCAAUGCUACGGGUGUUCUGGUGUACGCUUUUCCUGGGAAUCCCAUACGGGACAUGAACUGCCUAGGGGAUGAAUGCUCCACCUCUCUCAACAUACCUGCAUCUAUGGUCCAUAUAGAACCCAGUGUCAUGCAAGCCCUACGAUCGGGGCGGAUUGUGAACGUGACCUUCCAGAUAACACCUUCUCCAAACUUCUUUAUUGGGAUCGACCAGCAGGGAGCCUUGUCUGAGAUGGGCUGGUUUCUCUAUCCAACCUUUAGAUUUAUUGCCUGGCAGGCACAGUGGUUUGUUUUCAAUGAGGGUUUGCAGGAACAGCUAAAACGGCCCUCCAGUGUAGUGCCUGUAUUCAACCGCAGUUUGAUGCAGGGAGAGAUGGGGGCUCGGGCGCUGGUGAAUCUUCCUAAAGACUUCUUGGAUUAUGACAUCCUAGAGUUGGAGGCCUCGCUGUCCUGUCCCGGCCGCAGGGAUGAGACAUGCGCUCAUUGGGAUCACACUGUGCAGCUGUAUGUAUGCUGCGAUCAGUCCAGCCCCUACUGUAACAUGGAGAUGGGCCGCUGGAUAACAGCCUUCCGCAGAGGCACGGGUCAUUGGCUGACUGAUGUGUCCUCUUUGAUUCCACUGCUGAAUAAUGCGACAUGUGCCUUUAACAUGAAGACUGUGCCCUGGGCGAUGCCCUGGAUGGUCUCACUCAAUCUACGCUUCAGUCGUAGCAAUCAGUCAGGAAAUUCCUCAGAAAGACUUUACCCUUUCAAUGUAAUGUCACUCUUCAGUGGAGGAACAUUUGACAAGGAUUAUAACAACAGAUACCAAGAAAUUAAGUUCACUCCUCCAGCUUCAACUAAGAAGGUGGAGUUAUACGCUGUUAUCACAGCCCACGGGUAUGAUGAGAACUUCUGCGGUGAAUUCUGUGUGACGUCACACCACUUUCUGAUCAACAGACAUAUUAAUAACACCCUCAUAUUUGACUCGGCAGGGUCACCCCUGGGCUGUGCCACACGGGUACCUGAAGGGGCAGUGCCAAAUGAACAUGGCACCUGGUUAUACGGUCGUGGAGGCUGGUGCGAUGGACUACAGGUGGAUCCGUGGAGGACAGACAUCACUGCGCAGCUGGACAUGGGUGGAACCAAUACCAUUCUUUACUUUGGACUUUUUGAGGGACGUGACCCAAAUCCAAAAACUGAUCCAGGCUAUAUUAUUAUGUACUCGUAUCUUGUGUACUAUAAAUAAUUUUACAGACCGUCUUCUGGUUAAAUUGAAGGAAGAAUCUACAAAAACUAUAUUUUUUUAUUUUCAGUUGUCUCUUGGCAUUAAUCAUUCAUUCGCUUGUGUACAAAAUUAUUGCUUUUGGAUGUAAGAAUUGAUUUUAAUAUUGCUUUGCUGCUAUUUCGUAAGGAAAAUGAUUUUUAUUUUUCUGUAUAAAUGUGUUCAGGUGGAAUCAGACAAUGAAUAAAUUUCUAAAUGUUU